AUGGCUGCUACAUUCAACUUCAUGUCUCGACGCUCGGUCAGAGCCGUCAACUGUCAUAUCUCAAGAUCCUCCACUCAAAGCUCCAUAGUACCGGUCUUGUGUUCGGCACAGGCAGCUCUCCCCGCAAUCCGCCGAGGCUUCGCAUCACCCUCCAACAACAGCCUCUCUAUCCUGCAAUGCCGGCGCAAAUUGCAGCCUCUAGGUCUCUGUCCACCUUCGCUUACCUCCAAUUACCAAGUUCGGCACAACAGUGAUGAGCCGGGACCCAAGUUCCGGCAAUGGGAGUUUGACGAGAUCACCGCUGCCCUCCCAUCAUCCACACCUUCCCCCUCUCACAAACCCGUCAUUCUCAUCGAUGUCCGCGAACCCGCCGAGCUGGCCAGCACCGGCGUGAUCCCAACUGCUGUCAACAUCCCCUUUGCCUCCCAGGCGGACGCACUCUACCUGACCGAAGAUGAAUUUGAGACACGUUUUGGAUUUCCCAAGCCAAUUCCGUCUCCGGACCAGCAGGUUGUCUUCUACUGCAAGGCGGGUGUGCGGGCGCGCUUCGCAGCGCAAAUGGCCGUCCAGGCCGGGUACAACCAGGAUCAAGUCGGUGUGUACAAUGGGAGUUGGUUGGAUUGGGAGAAGAAGGGAGGGGAGACGGAGCGAUGGGAAGGCGAAGUCGUGUGA